AUGAGUGAUGAAGACGCUACCUUUUAUGACAAAUUAACUGCUAGUGUACACACGCAUCAACGAUUACCAACUGCAUGUAUAAGUGGUGGAAUACCAGUAACCGGUUGGACAUUAGUGGGCGAUAAUACAUACAAAGCUGUUGUAACACAACCAAUAUUCGUCAAUCAAUUAUUCGUUGAUAAUCGACGCAUCGUUCGUACACGUAUUCCAAUGAAUCAAUCUGAAUAUCUUCAAUAUGCUGCACCAUUACAAGAUCCGAACCAGGCACGAUAUGGUUUUCAAUAUGCUCCAGGCCAAUUUGAAUCCUGGCCAUUGGAUGAUGCCAUGGUAGUUGUUUAUCACAGUUGGACAACAUCACAUCAUUAUAUUGAUCAAAUUAUUACGUCGAAUAGAACCAUUUUAUUCACCAAUCCAUCGAAUUCUCCUAUUGGAACAUAUGUUAUUCAAGGACAACGGCGAUUUCAUAUCGAAAACCUUUGUAUAUCAUUUGUGCCAAACUCAUUUUGUUUUAUGAAUGCAACGAAAACCAUUUAUCUGAUGACCGAUGGAUCUUAUGAUCCGACGAAAGUACAGAUUAUCACAUCAGUGAAUGAAUUUGUUGUAUUAGUUGCUGGUACUAAUGCCACUAAUCCAGUCACAGAUAUUAUCAUCAAUAAUGUUGCAAUACAACAUAGUGCCUGGAAUAUUGGUCGCACUCAACAAGCUGACUAUCAAGCAGCCUCAUUUCUUAAUUCUGCUCCACUUUAUAUUGCCAAUGCAACAUCAAUUAUCAUCUCAGAUGUCGAAGUCAGUCAUACUGGAUCAUAUGGUAUUUGGAUUAGAGAAGGAACAACCAAUAUCAAUAUUAUUAACUCGUUAAUUACCGAUACUGGUGCUGGUGGUAUUCGUAUUGGUCAAAUGAUAGCACCAAUAUCAAUCCCAACUAAUUCUAUACAUAUAAUAUCAAACAAAGUCAGUUACGGUGGAAAUGUAUUUCCAAGUGGUGUUGGAGUUAUUAUUCACCGUGCAGUUGAUGUUAUCAUUGCUGAUAAUAGUGUUCACCAUCAUCGAUACACUGGAAUUUCAGUGGGAUGGGAAUGGGGUUAUAGUCCAUCAUAUACAAGUAACAUAGUAGUUCAUGGGAACUAUAUCUAUAACACCGGUCAACAUAUUCUUUGUGACCAAGGCGGCAUUUAUACACUCGGUAUCCAGCCAGGAACGAUUAUUACGAACAAUGUAAUUAAAAACGUUUUUAGCUACGCUGCCUACAUGUGGGGCAUUUAUCUAGAUGAAGGCUCGUCUGAGAUCGUCGUCUCGAAUAAUGUUGUAUAUAAUAUUGGUUGGGGUGGUUUGUUUCAACAUUAUGGGGCUAAUAAUACCAUCAUUAAUAAUGUAUUUGCACGUACAUCAGUAAUUCAACCACCACAACCCGGUGAUCCCAUUCCAGAUGGUGAUCUUCGUAUUAUGAAUACCGAAAAUCAUCUUUCAUGGACAUUUACGCGUAAUAUUGUCUAUGACACAUUUCAAGGAAGCAAUCAUUCUGCGUUCAAAUCUGAUGCCGCAAAUGUCUCUGUAUCAUUUAGUAGCAAUGUUUAUUAUAAUCCAUAUGGUACUCCUUUAUUAUUUGGAAUACAACAAACACCAUUUGUAGAGUGGCAAAAAACUGGACAAGACAACGAUAGUGUAAUAGCAGAUCCAUUGUUUGUUGGCGAUGUCAAUCAAUGUGAUUUUUUUACUAUUCAAUCUAAUAGCCCUGCAGCGAAACUUGGAUUUGCAAAUAUAACUAAACUUUCAAAGUGGACUCCUGGUUGCAGUACAGAUGAUGCGAAUGAUGACAAUCAAUUUUAUCAUUGGUAA